AUGAAUUUCACUCAAAGAGGAAUCACAAAGGAUGGUUACACCUGCUAUGCCUCAACAGAAAAUUCAUGCCCUAAACAAGUAUAUUCCAUUACUGCCCGUGUGCUCAUAUAUUUGACUCUAUGCACAAUAACAACAUUCACACUUUGCGGUAAUCUCUUGGUGAUAAUCUCCAUUUCUCAUUUCAAACAGCUUCACACUCCAACAAAUUUCCUCACGUUGUCUUUGGCAGUUGCUGACUUUUUACUUGGAGGAUUUGUGAUGCCACCCAGCAUGAUCAGAUCGGUGGAAACCUGUUGGUAUUUUGGGGAUUUCUUCUGCAAGUUUCACUCUAGCACAGACAUGAUGCUCUGCACAACUUCCAUUUUGCAUCUCUCCUUCAUUUCAGUUGAUCGUUAUUGUGCAGUGUGUUAUCCUCUAGUAUAUCACACUAAAAUCAGUGUAUCACUAAUAGGUAAAACUGUUCUCAUUUGCUGGUCUCUAUCAGCCAUGUUUGGGUUUGGCGUUAUAUUUUUAGGACUUAACAUAAGAGGUAUGGAAAAUUUUGAUAGUCAGGUUUUGUACUGUGUUGGGGGUUGCACACUAAUAUUAAACCAAACAUCAGGACUUGUUUGUUCCUUAAUAUCAUUUUACAUUCCUGGUUUUAUCAUGAUAGUUAUUUAUGUGAAAAUUUUCGCAGUAGCAAGAAAACAAGCACAAACCAUUGAAGACAGAAAAAAAUCAAUGUCAAGGAAGAGAGAAACUAAAGCAGCAAAAACUCUUUCAAUAGUUGUAGGUGUAUUCCUUAUUUGUUGGUCACCAUAUUUCUUCUGCAGUAUUCUUGACCCCAUUUUUAAUUAUUCAACAACUGGAGAUAUUUACAACUUU